AUGCAUUUCUUCAAUCUCUCAGCGGUGCCGUACGCAACGGCGUUGGCAAUUUGGGCGCUCCUGUACUUCGUUGUCUACCCUGUGGUCGUAUACUUCCGCGACGUCAAAGGUCUGCGGCGAUUUCCCAAUAUGUCACUGCUGUCAGGUAUAUCGUACGUGCCGUUCAUGAUUCUCGCACACACUGGGCAGAGAUCAACGCAUUUGGCCGAAAUGCAUAAGCGGUACCCUGUCAUCCGCACCGGUCCAACGACUCUGAGCUACGGUGAUCCGGCAGCGAUCAAGGACAUUUACGGCCAUGGCACACAAUGUACCAAGGACAAGCAAUACCUCGUUACAUCUGGAUCACACUUCCACCUUGCCGACGUGAUAGACAAAUCAGAUCAUGCUAGGAAGAGGAAGCUUCUCUCUUCGGCAUAUGCCUUGAAAAACCUCGAGUUGUGGGAGCACAAGGUAGCCGACAAGACUGCUCGCAUGAUGGCUCAUUUCGAUAAGAUGUGCACAAAGCCACUUCUCAAAGGCUGUAUCCCAGCAUCGGCUGACCUCAAUGUCGAUUAUCGUGCCUGGUCUAACUUUUUCAGCCUUGACGCAAUUGCCGACAUCGGUCUCUCGGAGAAGCUAGGCUUUCUCGACCAGGGCCACGAUCGGAUCACUGCCAGUAGGAUGGAUGGUACCAAGUACGAAUGUAAUUUUCGAGAGUGUUUAUAUGAGAAUGCUCACAAGCAGUCACUUUUGGUCUGGCCAUAUAGCUGGUAUUCAACAACUAAUAAGAUUGCAGAUCUUAUUCCAUUCUACCGUAGGAUGGGCAAAUUAGGGCGAGACUGGGAUGGUAUUCCACUGGAGCUGGCUAACCGACGGCUAGAAAGACAUCGGGCUGGCGAAAAACUUGAUGAUUUCUUUACUGCGCUUAUGGAAGAUAAGAAUGGCCACCCAAAUAACCUCGAAUGGGGAGAGAUUGUCGCUGAGGUCAGCAUUAUGAUGAAUGCUGGGAGUGCAACCACGGCCAUCGCUUUAACGAAUGUUCUCUAUCAACUCCUGCGGAACCCUGAUGCAAUGCAGAAAGUGCAGACUGAGCUUGAUCAUGCUAUUUCCGACGAUGAAGAAGAGGACAUAGGUCAGGGUGUAGUAGCCUAUGAUCGGGUCAAGCAUCUACCCUACCUGAGGGCUUGUCUAGACGAGUCAUUGCGAUUGUUGCCACCAACACCUCAAGGGCUGGGUCGAGAAACUCCUGUCGAGGGGGCUUAUAUCCUCGGCCAAUUCAUCCCCGCCGGUGUUUCCGUGAGCAUGUCGGCCCUCGUUGCGCAUCGAUGUGAGAGAGUGUAUCCCGAAGCCAACAGCUAUAUACCCGAGAGAUGGCUAGGUGAAAAGGGGAAGGAGUUACAACCAUUCUUCCUCACUUUCUCCGCUGGGGCUCGAGGCUGCAUCGGGCGGAAUAUUUCGUAUCUUGAACAGACGGUUGUUCUAGCGUCGAUUUUGCGUCGGUACAGCUUCGCACUUCCAUUCCCUGGCUGGGAACCGAAAAGACUUGAGACAAUGAACUGGCUGGUCGGGGAGAUGCCAGUGAAGGUAUGGAGACGACAGAGAGCUGCUGUCGACGAAGAUUAUUGGGAGUAA